CCAAACUCACUCAUAAAAUUUCCAAAAUUUUGUAAACUGUUCUAAAAAUAAAGACGCGGCAACCUGUUUUAGCAAGAAAACCCUUUCCCGGGAAAAUCAUCGUCUGAAACACUCCGAUAAGUUCCAAUCCACUGCCUUUCUAUCUCCUUCAUUGUUAAAAUUUCUUGUUUGUUCAUUCUUUCGGUUGUUUUGGAAGAGAAAUGCAGGCAAAUGGAGACUCUGAUUGCGAUAUCUCCGAGGACGAAGAUUAUGUUUCAAAUGAAGGAGCAACGGAGGGAAAGGAAGAACUUCUGCUCAAUUUAAGAUUGGAAAGGCUCAAAGGAAUCAGAGGCAAAGCCAAGCCUAAAUUUACGUUCCAUUCACAAAGGAAAGAACUAUCAUGCACUGUUAUUCAUGAUGAUAGACUCUGUGUACCAUCCAAGGUUCAUAAUUUAUCUGACAACUUAGAUGCCAUUCUAUCUAGAACUGAGAACCAUCCAGCUGCAGAGUGUCUUGAAGAUUUUUUGGAAGAAUUUGAAGAGCAUAUUGACGUUGGACCUGCAGAGAACUUUGGAAACACUGAGAGUUCGAUUGCUGAACUUUUAGAUGGCCUUGAAGAUAAGAAUGGCCUGCUGGGUGGACGUCCCAAAUUGUGUAGCCAAGUUGGAGGGAGAAUGCACCCGAUUGUUGAGAAGGGAGCUCUUGUUGCACUUGGAGAUAGAAGUUCUGACAGUGAAGACUCCCAUACUUCGGUGGAUACCGGAUCAAGUGGUGAGGUCAAUGAUCAGAAGUUGAAGCUUGCUGCGCCCUGUACGAAGGAGCAAUCAAUUACAGAUAGAUUUGAGGAGGCUUUAGUUGCUGCUUGCAUGGAUGCUGAAAGGACUCUUGGCUUGGUGCCAAAUCCAUUAGGAAUUGGCUUAUUUGGAAAGUUGCAGCGAGUCAUGCAGAGCGAAAAAGAAAGAGAGGUGAAUUUUUUGAAUGGGUUACAUUGCAGCACAGUUCCAAAUGGCUGCAUUGAUGUAAAAAUCCUGUCGAGAUACUUGGAUGCAAAGUUAACAGUAUGUUCUUGCCUCUUUAUAGACAUGGAGCAGUCUACAUUGCACAAUGGCGACGAAGGCAUUGCAACUGAAGGUGAAAAAAGGACAAUUAUUUUCAGUCCAAGAGUUUGCAGAAAUGUUGAACUUGAAGUUGGGAGCUUAAUUCGUAUCAAUCCCCCAUGGAAGGAAGUUCCAGUGGACCACGCUCCCAACAUCAUCUUGUCAACAUAUUUUUCCCAACUCACUUGAUAUCUCCUUGGAAGAAAGAAUGUUGCAGAUUGGCCUGAUUAGUCUAAAACCAAUUGAUGAUGCUCUAUUUCGUGGACAUUUUUGGGGUGCAAAAAUUGAAUUAGUUCAAUAAACCAAACCAAACCAAGCCGACUCAAAUAGAGUAGGUAUGGUUAUUUUAAAUUUUAGAUUUGGUAGUGAGAUAAAAUUUAAGCCCCAUUCACUUCCAAAGAGUUGGAAAUUGAGACAAUUAGAAUGAAAAUCACUUGGAAA